AUGUCAAUGAACGGAAAAGACGAACCAGUAGUUCCACCCUCGUCACUAAUAAGGCGCGUAAGUUCACGUUCCAUUCGAAAUUCAAUUUCGGAAGAGAAAGAAAAUGGCGUCGAUAAUGUCAACUCAGUAAAAUCGUUCGUAAGCAAAUACAAAACAGCGCCAGAAGCACUGAAGAAUUUCCACUUGGCUGAUGCUGAAAGCGAACUUGAGGUACCUGGAACACCAAUGACACCAAGAACAUCUACCACACCUGGUCACGAGAACUGCACCUUCCACCAUGACCUGGAGCUGGACCACAGACCGCCUACCAGGGAGGCGUUGCUGCCCGAUAUGGCCAGCUCCUACAGACUUCUACUCACAGGUUUAGGUGAAGAUCCAGAGCGACAGGGCUUAUUGAAGACUCCAGAACGUGCUGCUAAAGCUAUGCUUUUCUUCACUAAGGGUUACGAUCAGAGCUUAGAAGAGGUCCUAAACAAUGCCAUCUUCGAUGAAGACACCGAUGAAAUGGUUGUAGUGAAGGAUAUUGAAAUGUUCUCUAUGUGCGAGCAUCAUCUGGUGCCGUUCUAUGGGAAAGUUUCCAUUGGAUAUUUGCCACAAGGCAAGAUCUUGGGGCUCAGCAAGUUGGCAAGAAUCGUGGAGAUUUUCUCACGUCGUCUACAAGUACAAGAGCGUCUCACCAAACAGAUCGCUGUAGCGGUGACGCAGGCCGUCAGACCUGCAGGAGUCGCCGUCGUCAUAGAAGGAGUACAUAUGUGUAUGGUGAUGAGAGGAGUACAGAAGAUAAACAGCAAGACUGUUACUUCCACCAUGCUCGGAGUGUUCCGCGACGAUCCCAAGACGAGGGAGGAAUUCCUCAACCUGGUCCACACCAAGUGA